AUGACCGAAAGUCCAGACUCACAGGUCGAAGGAAAAGAAACAAUCCACGAUGUCGAACGACUCAAUACCCAGACUUCCACCUACCAACCACCACAAAUGCAACCAUGGCAGCGCCGACUAAUCGUUCUAUCACUGUGCAUGUCCCUUUUUCUCGGCGCACUCGAUAUAACCAUCAUCUCGACCGCUUUACCCAGCAUCGCAGCGCAUUUAAGAGUAACAUCUCGGGAAUACGCGUGGAUUGGAAGCAGUUAUACACUAGCAACAACCUCAUCGACGCCAGUCUGGGUCAAAAUUUCAGAUAUAUUUGGUCGAAAGCCGACGAUAAUGGCUGCGGUUAGUAUAUUUAUGGUUGGUAGUUUGGUUAGUGCAUUGGCUAGCUCGAGUAUGUCGCUUAUUGCGGGUAGAGUCGUUCAGGGACUCGGUGGUGGUGGAUCGAUCGUUCUCGUAACGGUUAUAAUUGGUGAUAUUUUUGCGCUCGCUGAGCGGCCUAAAUACUAUGGUAUUACUGGGAUUGCUUUUGCGAUGGCUAGUGCCAUCGGGCCGGUUUUGGGUGGUGUUUUCACGGAUAGUAUUGGGUGGAGAUGGUGCUUUUAUAUCAAUCUGCCUUUCGAUGGAAUUGUUUUAGUACUUCUCUUCUUCAAUCUCAAUCUCACCCUUGAGAAGGAGUCGGUGACCGGGCUGAGCAGUAUAGACUGGAUGGGCUUCUUGCUUAUCAUCGGAGGGACAAUCUGCUUCCUAUACGGGCUUGAAACAGGCUCAAGCGGGCUUCUUCCUUGGAAUUCUCCCACGGUCAUCUUGUUAAUCGUUUUCGGUGUCCUGAUAAUGGCCUUGUUCACGAUAUGGGAAGCCAAAUUUGCUACAAACCCACUGAUUCCGAUCCGGAUCUUUCAAAAACGAUCACUGCUCGCAUCUUUCACCGUCGCGUGUCUUCACUCUUUCGUCUUCAUCUCCUUCGACUUUUUCCUACCGUUAUAUUUUCAAGUCGUUCUCGGUUUCCGACCACUGAUAUCCGGCGUGACUCUUUUCGCCCUGAUAAUUCCAAUGUCGCUAUCGACUUUCGGUGGAGGAAUGUUCGUCCGCAAGACAGGGAAUUAUCUCGCGAUGAUUUUCGCUGGAACAAGUGUCCUCACACUGGGCACUGGACUAUUCAUCGAUUUCGGAACAAGCAUUUCUUGGCCUAGGAUUAUCUGUUUUGAAGUCAUUGCCGGAUUGGGGGCUGGUUUGCUUUUCCAGAGUCCUAUGAUUUCGUUGCAGACACAUUUACACCAGAGAGAUGUAGCGGCGGCAAUGUCUGCGUUCACUUUUCUCAGGAAUUUGUUCACGUCGAUUUCCAUUGUUUUGGGGACUGUUCUGAUUCAACAAAGUAUUGGAAGCGGUAGUUUGACUUCUAAGAUUGAUGCCGGCACUGAAGGUGAUGAUCAUAGAAGGAUUUACGUGACAGGGCUGCGAAAUAUGUGGAUUUUCUACACUUGCACGGCGUCCGUCACAAUUCUCGCUACUUGUUUUAUCAAGUCCAAGCCCGUGAAGGAAAAUGAUGACCACGGGGAAGAACAUGGUCGUGCGGAGGUUUCGGAGGUCUGA